CGUAUGAAGAUAGUGUUCACCAGCCUGUCUUCGCCUUAUAUUUGGCCUUCUGAUUACCGAUUUACUUUUGAAACUCUAGGUGACCGUCCAACCCGACCAGGGAUUCCAGUGCUGCACCAGUUGAGGGGAAACAUCAACCAGGUGGUGUGGAGUGAGCCGGCCAGAGAAAAUGGAGCAAAAGUGACCCUCUACUGGCUCGAAGGACGGACUGACGAAGGCGUUCGUGAGAAGAGAGAGGCCAACUUGAGCUCAGCUGUUGAGCAUCUGGACUGGGCCCUCUACUACAAUGGAUCCAAGCCCUAUUGGAUAAUGGCGGAGCUGAGUUCGUACACAAGGUACCAGUUUCGGGUGCGCGCACGGAACGUGUACGGGUGGAGCGAGUUCAGUGAACCGAGCGAGUGGUUCUCGCUCAACCAGGCUGCCCUGUUGCCAGAGCAGGAGCUGGGUGUGGUGGUCUGGGUGUUCACUCCGCUCGCAGUACUGGCACUCAUCCUCACACUCAUGUGCCUCAUGUGUACUGUUGUUACAAAAAGAGAGAAAGAGAAGAAGACGCAACAAAUGUUAACCAUAAACACCAACAUAAUAAGAACUGGAAGUACGGAUGUUGAAUUAGCGAAUCUGCGGGAGCUCCCACGACGGGGUGAACUUAUCCAGAACUCCAACGCGUUGUAUACUGCCGCCGACUUCAUCCCCACCGACAGAGAGAUAGCGUUGUUGCCGCACAUCCGCAGAGACCACAUCACUCUGACAAAGUUCCUGGGCAGUGGAGCGUUCGGAGAGGUGUUUGAGGGCCGGGCCAAGAGCGUAGCGGAGUCGCCAGCGAUCGAAACCAGAGUUGCAGUCAAGACACUUCGAAAGGGUGCUUCACAACAAAUGAAACUGGAAUUUUUAAAAGAAGCCCAACUGAUGAGCAAUUUCAAGCACAAGAACAUUCUCCAGCUGUUGGGUGUUUGCUUGGACAAUGACCCCAACUUCAUCAUUAUGGAACUGAUGGAAGGUGGAGAUCUGCUUGCAUAUCUGCGUUCUAAUCGCCCUCUAGUUGCCGUGGAGAACAGCCUUACACUGAUGGACUUGUUGUCGAUGUGCGUGGACGUGGCGCGUGGUUGCCGCUACCUGGAGGAGAUGCACUUUGUCCACCGAGACCUCGCCUGUAGAAACUGCCUAGUCUCCUCAACAGAUCCUCGUUCUCGGGUCGUCAAGAUCGGUGAUUUCGGACUGGCAAGAGACAUUUAUAAAAAUGAUUACUACAGAAAAGAAGGCGAAGGGCUUCUACCAGUCAGGUGGAUGGCCCCAGAGUCCCUGGUCGACGGGGUGUUCACCAGCCAGAGCGACGUUUGGGCGUUCGGUGUGCUACUGUGGGAGAUCAUGUCCUUGGGACAGCAGCCGUACCCGGCUCGGAACAACCUGGAGGUGCUGCACUACGUACGCAACGGUGGUAGACUUGGCUGCCCCCCCAACUGCUGCCAGCAGAUGUACGACUUAAUGCUGAGGUGUUGGAGUUUCAAUCCCGAAGAGAGGCCAAUGUUCAUUUAUUGUCUGGACGUUUUGAUGGAGCUGAAGAGGAAAACGGCAAAUGCCCAGUUACACAGAGCUCAACAGGGCCAAGAAACUAGUUUCAAGCAAGACGAAUGGAUAAAUGAAACGGAAGAAGUAAAUGCAGUCGAUACUGGAGGUACUCCCAAGUACUUAGAGUUGAUCUACGAUGAGGGUUACGAAGUGCCGAGGCCUCCGCCACAGACUGGUCAGGUCCAGACCUGCAGCGAUGAGGAAGUGACAAGUCUGGACAAGCUGUUACCUGCACCGGCCGUCAGCCCCUACACCAAUGUCAUCAAACAGCUGUCUACAGCGGACAAUUUCAGUGAAAACACGAUCAAUAGUGAGGACACCCUUAGGUAGUCCAGUUCCACUUAUAUUCCUUGUAGUGC